UAUUUUAACAUUUACAGUCUUUUAUUUUAAAGUCACAUAAAAAAAACUUACUUCACAGUAAAAUAAACGACACCCCUGCAGAGAUACAGGAAAAGGAAAGAUAUAAACUAGACAAGAAUCCUGGGGGGUCGUCAGAGUAAAACAGCUCUCACUGCUUCGCACGGGUGUUUUUCGCAGAGAGUUUUAUGCUGGGUGCCUGUCCUGAAACAACCCUGUAUUUUUGAGGCACAAGGAGGUCCAAAUAGACAGGAUUGAAGCCAGGUUUCCUGGGUUACCAGUCCUACACCUAUCUAACUGAGGUAUCCAGCCACUGUCUGGUCAUACAGCCGAAUGUUCUACAUUAUUGCGCUGGUCUAAACACUGGUUGGUAAUCGAAAAAAUAGAAACUUGGAUUGAAGUUGGACACACAUUAUUCCACUCUUUAUCACAACAGCAAGACAGUAGAAAACAUCUCUGUCUGUCAAAUGACUCUGAUGGACAUGCCAGGAUCUUUAUUACAUCGGCAAUGUUGCCUUUAAUUUUAAAUAGUUGUUUGUUCAUGGGACAAACGGGAUAAUGCCCUGUGAGGUGUGCAUCAUCACAUAUUAAUGGACUUUGCAGAAGCAGUCUUCCUCUGCUUCAAAUGGUUCACGCCUUAUCGUCAAUUAACUUCUGUUAAUGGACAUCUCGUCUCGUCGGGUAUCCCUAUCCUCAUUGAUGUCAUUCAAAACUGUGAUGUUUAAAACAUGACAUGUGCUUUUCAACAAGUCACAUCUGUAAACAAACUGCCCACCUCGAAGACAGAACUAAAGUGUUUAACUUCAUAGUCCACUGUCAUCUCUUUGGAAUACCAGAAAGUGCAUCUUUAAUUUCAGUUUGAUCCUUAAAUUUUGCCUGAGAAGACAAACGCUGGGGUUUUUUGUUCCCAACCUUUCGGACGCAGCUCAAUGCGCAUGCGCGGCAGUUCGGCGCGGAGUUUUCGGUUUGUUUUGACUGCACGGGAGGACCGAACGGGACCGAACGAUCAAAGCAGCUAACUGAAGGCUCUGCUGAGAUACGGGAGGAGAUGGAGAGGUUUCCUGUGAAGGCCAAGCUGCUGCUGAAAUCCACACAGACUUCAGCAGCAGCAUCCAAGAUCAAGAACAAGAUCCUCAAUAACUCCUCCUUCUUCAAGGUCUCUCUGAAGACCAACAACAAGGCUUUGGCUCUGGCUCUGCAGGCUCAGAAGGAGAAGAGCAGGCAGCUGGAGAUGCAGGUGGUGUACCUGCAGAAGCAGCUGGAAGCUCUGACCUUUGAACUGGCCACUAAAAAUUACAAGCACAGAAAACUGAUGCUCCUCCUGCAGAACCUGCACAGCAGCACUCUGCUGCACCUAGGGAUGGCGAAGGACCUGAUCUUUGACGGCGACCCUCCGGCACAGCCUGAGGACCCCGUGGGAUUAUGGGAGGAGCAGAUUGAGGAGAGUCCCACAUCAGGAAGACCUGCAGCAGCCAAUGCCAACAAAACCCUGAAUCUUCCCCAAACCAGCAUGGAUGGCCUCGCCGUCGUGAGCAGCUCCAACCCGGAUGUGUGCAGCAGUAGCGCAGUCGCUGGGAAGAGCCUCUCCAGCCAGGAUGCUCGUGCUGCCCCCCCUGCAGCCGCCGGGCCGCUCUGCAGCAGCCUCAGGGACAAGGUGGAGCGUCUGUCACUCAUACUCUCACAGACAGGCUGCUCGGUGUGUGUGAGCGGUCAGUCGGUGCUCUGUCCGCAGAACCUUCAGGCCGGGCCCAAGCCGUCUGUCUCUGGUGAAGCCAGUGCUCCCAACAGUGUUGGUGUGGAACCUGAGCGUCACCAUCAGGAGAAAACUCUGCUUCUCAACAGCACCAUGGAACUGACACAAAGUGACACGGCUGAGAUCAUCAGCGUGGAAAGCAAACCCAACAAAAACAGCCGUGUCUGGAAGAGGAAAGCCACGGGAGAGCCGGAUCCAGUCUGCGCUUCCAGUGCUGCCUCACAGGGCCCUGUGGGCUCAAAGCCUCCUGAGGUUCCACAAACCCACCAGCACCAGAACCCAUCAGGUCCAAGAGCUCCUGAGCCUCCACUGUCCACAGCCUUCUGCAGGAACACAACCGUUUCUCGCAUUCCCAAGAAAGCUUCCAAGAGCAAAUCCAAGGCCUGGGAAACGGCCUCGUCGGAUGUGGAAGAUUACUUCAGCGAUCCUACGGUUUGGAUCUCGAGGUCCGGCAGAGGAGAUGCUGAAGAAGCAGAAACCCGCGCUAAAGUUCACCGCCAGAAGUCCAAAAGCAGACCAAGGGUGCUCUCAAGGACACCCCGACACCAAGCAGCGUCUGCACCAACCCAGGAAGACAAGGCCCUCAGGCUGGAACAGAAACCUGAGGAGGAAGAACGAGGUCUGGUCCAGAAGGAACCGGCAGAGCUUCAGUUCUGCGAGGAGCAGGGAACGUCUCAGGAACACAAUCUUGUGGAGUCGAGGAAGACUCAUCACAAACCGAGACGCAGGAGAACAAAUGUCAUCUCUGUUUCUGGGAGAGGCGCUUCUAUGGCGUCAGACCUGGGUCCGGCGGUACCUGCAGAACCCCAAUGUGAGGCUGAGGAGCUGCUGGCAUUCCCAGAUGACGCUGUCAGAGCUCGCGGGUCAGAACCGAAGGCUUACAAGCAACCCUGCAGCUCAGGGAAGCGCUUGCUGGUGGAACCUUCUGCCUCAGGCCCCAAGGCUCAAAAAAGCAAGAAGACCCAAAGAGAAGAAGCAGAAGGACCCAAAGCCAGGGUUCUGAGCCACCAGCAGAGGAAGGCCGGUCACCAUAGCAACAAGAGCGGGAGCCCUGAGCAUGCAGCAUGCACUGGUUCUCUGGAUGAAUGUCCUCCCUGCAGCACCCGUGGUGGGGGCUCGGCCGCUGUGAACCUCACUGCGGCAAAGGCCAAGGCCCAAACGCAGACCAGACAUCUGCGGGAGACGUUUGUGGUCUGCAGGCGGAGAACGAGGGACACAAGAGAGAGCGCCACCCUCAGCAGCUCUGCAGCGUUGGGCGCCCCAACUGCUGAGGAUUUGCUGAUGGAUGAGCUGCCGCCGUGGCUGCUGAAUACCAGUGAGGUGGAGCUAAAGUCUGCUUCGCCGCUCGCCACGCCCUGCACCCUGACGCAGAGCAGACUGGACCUGACAGAGGAGUCUGCUGUCAGCGUGAAGGACGCUUCCCCAGCAGGAAGAGUCUUGACGACAGUGACCAAUUCUGCCAGCAGCCCGGCCUGCUCCCCCGCAGGCAGAGGCAGGAGGAGGCGCAGUGCGGUCAGCUACAAGGAGCCCGCUCUGAACAGCAAAAUCAGGCGUGGAGACAAAUUCACCGACAGCACCUUCCUGAAUUCUCCACUGUUCAAGGACAAAAGGCAGAAGAAGCAGAGGAGGAAAGCGGACUGAUCCCUGUUGGUUUCUCUCUAAAGCUCCUCUUUGUACAAAGUAGUUUUUUCUUUUUGGUUCAGAACUGAAGUCUUUUUUUAUCGUGUUUGAGAAUAAACGUCAUUUGAGCACGUAAACCGCA